AGCUAGUUAUAGCACUUUAUUCCACCACCCCCCAACCGGAGUUAGCUAGCUAGUAUCCUUAGAUGUGCGAGUCUGCAUCCAGGAAUAUUCCCCAACGCAAGUUACGCAGAAUGAGCAACACCGCGAGUACUAGGAGAUGAACCGUGUCGAGCGAACAAUGUUCGUCUGACUGGCGUGGUUUCACCAAAAGGGGAAAAGAAAAACGGAGCAGUUUCCUGUGAGAGACACUCCCUCUGCUCACCCCCACACUUCCUGACGUUUGGACACACCCCCGCAGGUGCAGACACGCCCCCGCAGGUCCAGACACGCCCUCUGUAGAGCGUGUCCUGUGAGAGAGCCACUGCAGAGAGGAGGGGAUGAGGGCUUGUGCGGCCUGCCGGGCCUGAGUGGAGCACCUCGCUGGAGAAGCAGGGACACAGCUGGGGUGAAGCAGGCUGCUGCUGUGAGACCAGAACACACCUCCGGAAACUGCCUUACCUAGAUAGACUGAGAGAGACCUAGAAAAGAGAGAGACCACGAAAGAGAGACUUACAGAGAGAGAGAGAGAGAGAGAGAGACAUCAGAAGACCUACAUUUUCACAGAGAGAUCACCUGAACAACCAUCAAGACCGUUUGACAUAAUUGUCAAACAGCGACAUAGAGACCAGCACACCUGGUGAAACACCAGCUCAUCUGAAGAGAGACUCUUUAGUUUAGAGACACUCCAGCAGGAAGCUCAGCUCUCCUUUGUGCUCUGCCGGCCUCAGCUGCAUUUGAUCUGUCGCUUCAGUUAACAGUCUGUCUCUCUGCCACACCUGUCUGUCUGUCACACCUGUCUGUCUGCCACACCUGUCUGUCUAUCACACCUGUCUUGUCUGACUGGCCUCCGCCUGCCCCUCCCCUCCCCGGCUAGUCUCUCCUGGCUGUCUCCGUCCUCCCGUAGGAGUCUUAGUGGUCCCUGAGGACCGCGUGGCGGUGGAGUAACAGUGGAGAAGCCAGGGUACCACAAGCUUAUGGACUUUGACAAGAGAGGGGGAGGAGGAGGGGGGAAGGCCGAGGGGGAGGAGGGGAAGAGGAUGGCCAAGACGGGCAGCAGCAGGUCUCACGGGGGGCGGGGCCCCGGGAACUCCGGGGUGCUCAUGGUCGGCCCCAACUUCCGUGUGGGGAAGAAGAUCGGCUGUGGGAACUUCGGAGAGCUUCGCCUGGGGAAGAACCUCUACACCAACGAAUACGUGGCCAUCAAACUGGAGCCAAUCAAAUCCAGAGCUCCACAGCUACACCUGGAGUAUCGAUUUUAUAAGCAGCUGGGGGCAUCAGAGGGCGUGCCCCAGGUGUACUACUUUGGGCCAUGUGGGAAGUACAACGCCAUGGUGCUGGAGCUGCUGGGGCCCAGCCUGGAGGACCUGUUUGACCUGUGCGAUCGCACCUUCAGCCUCAAGACCGUCCUCAUGAUCGCCAUCCAGCUGAUCUCCAGGAUGGAGGUGGCCCACACAAGGAGUCUGAUCUACCGCGACGUGAAGCCGGAGAACUUCCUGUCUGGUCGGCCGGGCAGCAAGAGGCAGAACAUCAUCCACAUCAUCGAUUUCGGCCUGGCCAAGGAGUACAUCGACCCCGAGACCAAGAAGCACAUCCCGUACCGCGAGCACAAGAGUCUGACGGGCACUGCACGCUACAUGAGCAUCAACACACACCUGGGCAAAGAACAAAGCAGAAGGGAUGACCUGGAAGCUCUGGGUCACAUGUUCAUGUACUUCCUGCGAGGCAGCCUGCCCUGGCAGGGCCUGAAGGCAGACACUCUGAAGGAGCGUUACCAGAAGAUCGGAGAUACCAAGAGAGCCACGCCCAUAGAGGUGCUGUGUGAGGGAUACCCAGAGAUGGCCAGCUACCUGCGUUACGUGCGGAGGCUGGACUUCUUUGAGAAGCCGGACUAUGACUACCUGAGGAAGCUGUUCACAGACCUGUUCAACAGGAACGCCUACGUGUUCGACUACCAGUACGACUGGGUGGGCAAGACCCUGCCCACGCCUAUUGGUCCAGUAGCCGGUGACACACCCAUGCAGUCUAGUACCAGAGAGAAGACGCAACAGCAGACCAAAAACCAGUCACCAGAACCCAAAGGAAGUGACCAGCCUACUCCAGUGACCAAUAGGGAGCUCCUGGGGUCACAUCUUACAGCUGAUAGGCUAGGGGGCUCUGUUCAGGUGAUGAGCUCGACCAAUGGGGAGCUGAAUACAGAUGAUCCCACGGCGGGCCACUCCAAUGCACCAAUCACGGCCCCAGCUGAGGUGGAGGUGGCUGAUGACACCAAGUGUUGCUGUUUCUUUAAGAGGAGGAAGAGGAAAGCUCUGCAGAGGCAGUGAGGAGGAAGAGGAAGAUGCUCCUCAGCACCAGCUCAGUAAGGACAGGCUUCAUAUGCAACUCCUGAAAGGAGGAUGAGGAGAGGCAGAGGAGGAGAGGCAGAGGAGGAGAGGCAGAGGAGGAGGAGGUGUAUAAGGGACUCCUCCUCCCCCCCCCCCCCAGAGGAAGGCUGAGGGACAGAGACACUCAAAGACGUCCUGCCUGGCUCCUCCUCUCCUCAGUGCUGGGGAUGGGACACCUGCCUGUGGAACACACACACACACGCUUCGCAGGUCUUAACUAUGACAUGGUUGUAGUGGCUGUGGACUAUACCAUGGACUAUGCCCCUGCUCUCACUCACACACACACACACACUCACACACACACUCACACACACACAAAGACUGAACUGUCCAUGUGGAGCAGGAAGAACUGGGCUGUGUUGAGAGACACAUGCAGGAACCAGGAGAACCAGGGGUCUGGCCUAGAACCAGGGAACUGGACCAGGAGUGGAACCAGAAAAAAAUGUAUAUGUAAAUUCUAUGCUUUUCCUUUAUUUUGUAAUUUAAAAUGAUGUUUGAAACCCCCUC